AUGGCGGAAAUCAUGGAGCCACCCUACCCGGCGACUCCUUCUCCCAGCUCCAGAGUCAGAACUCCUCCUGCCCCUCACCUGGGCUACUCCGACUCCUACGAGCCUUACACUCCUCGCAAGUCAUCCCGUAUUGCCAACCGCGCUGCCAACCGAACUCCCUCUCCCAGAGUUCCAUCAUCGCGUCGCCAACAUCAGCAACAUUCCGACCGGCCCGAGGAAACUUCAGAGGGUUCUCCCAAGUCAAUCAACCAAAAGAAGAAGUCGACCAUGGGCACACCAAGCCUUUCCCUUCAAAAGAAGCGCAUCGCCGCCAUGGAUUCUCCUCGUCGCACCCUCACCGCCGCCAGUGUUUCCGAUGCCGCCUCUGCCCUUGGCUUCACCAAGAAGUCAGCCGGCCUUCUUGCGCCUCGCACCACUGUCGCCAGCAGCAGCACCGGGAUGCUAAUCACCCCCGCCAAGACCCCCCAGAAGCCUCCUACCGAGGAGUCCAAGGCCAAGGUGGAAGCGUUUGCCCGCACCCUGUUCCGCGCCGAGGAUGAGGUCAUGCCCUCCCCUAGAAGGGCCCGCACCCAGGCCCACACCUUGGACAGCUUCACUGAGCAAGGCUCGGAUGAGUCGUUCCAUAUCCACGUCGACUCGCAUGAGCGCAUUCCCGAGGUCGACCGCAGCAUUGACAACCCCUUCUAUGUCGAGCCCUCAAGGGCCGCUGCCCCCUCGGCUCCUCGCCGCAGCCAGCGCCAGAUGGUCAGUGUUCCCGGCGAAGGCCAGAUCACAAUUGAAGAGGCCAUUCAGCGCGAGGAUGGUUUGGUCACCGUAUUCCGUGGCAAGAAGCAAUUCCACCUCUUCAAGAAGCGCGCCUCAGAGAAUAUCGAGGGUGGUUUGGAAAGUGCUGUCGAGGCGCCCGUGAGAAGACUCACCCGCGCCAGUGUCAAGCCCAGACUCCUCUUCCCUGUUGCCAAGCCCGAUGUGCCCGCCAUCUCGAUUGAAGAUGAAGAGGCGGAGACCGACAUCGAGGACCACGUGGUUGAGGAAGCCGCCCAAACUCUCCCAAUCACCCCAGCCGAAGCAGUCGAGAAGGUUCCCGGUACGCCCGAGGCCCCGCGUUUUGCUCCAGCCUCGCCGCCCACCACAGUGCGUGCCACUCGCAAGAAGGCCACACCAACAGCGGCGUCGAGGGGCAAGCAAGCCAGCAAGCAAGCCACAAUUAAGGGCUGGCGUCAAACCAAGGCUGGCGUUUCCCCCACAACCACCAGCCAGAAACGGUCUGCAGAGCCUCUGCCUGUGGCCGGCCCAUCAAAGCGUGCUAGGAUUUGA